UUUCAUUUAGCCUGUACACGUUCACAACGUGUUUCGCACUGACUGGCGCACAGUUACCGAGCGCGUCCUUGAACCACCGCGGUAUAUUUCAGCCUACCACGAGUGUUAUCAAGCAGGGUUUUAAAGUGGACUCAUUGUUAUGUUACAUACGCAAGGACAUGCUAACAUGUGAAUACGUGAAUAAGAUACGGAAAUUAUUUACGAAAUAAUCAUAAACCUUUAAUCACGGAAAACAAAAGAAGCGUCAUUGUUUAAGGAUGGCCCUUUCCACGAAUAAAGUAGCCAAGGUUUUCGUGCAUUUCGUGCGAAAUUACAGCGCAGAAACCACCAAACACUAUAAAGUGGUGGUUGCCGGGGGCGGCUCAGGUGGUCUUUCAAUCGGAGCACGUGCUUGUCGGCAAUUUGGAGUUGGAAACGUGGCAAUUAUUGAACCGGCCAAGGUCCACUUCUACCAGCCCAUGUGGACAUUGGUUGGGGGCGGGGUAAAAUCAUUUUCGCAGUCAGGGGUCCCCACCCAAGACAUUUUACCACGGGGAUGUAAGCCCUACAAUCAGUAUCUACAGGAAUUCGACCCAGAGAGAAAUACAGUCACCCUUAAAAAUGGGGAAAAGCUCAGUUACGACUACCUUGUAGUGGCUUUGGGAAUACAGAUAAAUUUGAAUAAGGUGGAGGGUUUAGAAGAAGCCUUGAAACAUGACAAGAAUGUAUGCACAAACUACUUGAGCGAGUAUGUCGUAAAGACGUUUCCCGCCAUCCAAGAUUUCCGCGGAGGCAAUGCCAUCUUCACUUUUCCAAACACUCCAGUCAAGUGUGCGGGCGCCCCCCAGAAAAUUAUGUACAUGGCUGAGGACUAUUGGAAGAAGCAUGGAGUUAAAGACAAGACAAAGAUUUUCUACAACACGUCUUUGGGUGUGAUAUUUGGGAUACCAAGAUAUGCAGCCAGCUUGAUGAAGGUCGUUGAAAGAAAGGGAAUAAUCCUGAACAAGCGACAAAAUUUGAAGGCUGUGGACCAUGCCAAGAAGACUGCAACCUUUGACCUCCUUGACAGCGAGAAAGGAGAGACACAAACAUACCAUUACGACUUUCUUCAUGUGGGACCGCCCCAGUCAGGACCAGACGUGCUCAAGAAUUCUUCAGUGCCGAUUGUUGACGAGACAGGCUUCCUUGAUGUGGAUAAAAACACAUGCCAGCAUGUCAAAUUUCCGAACAUUUUUGGUAUUGGGGACUGUACCAACAUACCUACUGCAAAAACAGCAGCUGCUGUCGCUGCCUGCAGUGGGCACCUGUUCCGAGGAAUCAAAGACAUGGAGGCUGGAAAGAAGCCUUCAGGCACAUACAAUGGCUACUCCUCAUGUCCGCUGAUCACAGACUACCACCACUGCAUUCUUGCCGAGUUUGCUUUUGACGGGCAGAUUUACGAGACGUUCCCGCUCGACCAGAGCAAGGAGAGACGUACAAUGUACCAUCUUAAGAGAGAUGUCAUGCCACAAAUAUACUGGCACAUGUUCCUCAAAGGCUACUGGAAUGGGCCAGGAACUUACCGGAAGAUAAUGCACCUUGGAAUGUGCUGCUGAAAAGUGCACUCUUGUGCCUUUAACAUAUGCUUUAUGAUACAUUCAAGUUGUUAAGCACAUCCGCAACAUCUUACCAUUAUUUUUUUUCGAAUUUAUAUUUGUGUGUGAUCAUAAGUAUCUUCCAUGGCCGAGAGUGUAAGAUAGGUUCAUAGGUUCUAUCUUACACGAGCGGCUAUGGUAGAUGCUUUUUCUACCACCUCAGUUAAACAAAAUUAAGUAAAAAUGAAUUUUUUGCUGGAACUCUUUUGUGCUUAGUGAAAAUAAUUGUGUAUGGAUAUGCGAUAGCACGUGGUUGUCAUGGAUAUGCGCCAGUUAUUCGGGUUAUGUUAACAGUCAAUUCGAUCUUUAAAUAGUUCGGAGGAGAGUGACGCAUUAUUUCUUGAAAUGUGCGUGAAAACUGUUUUAUAGUGACAUUUGAAGCGAGAAAUAAUUAAUUAGCGUUCCAAAUAUUGCCACAAGACAAGGUUUCCAUGAUGCUACAGACGACAGUCUUCAACAAGGGAGGAAAUUAUAAUGUGACGACCGUUAAAAAGGAGUUCCAUACGGGCAUUUUAUCUUCGCCCGUGGGCAAGAUAAGAAUAUCCAGCAUGGUUAAAUUAUUGGAUACUUAUCUGAGAUGGGAGAAAAUAAUAUCUAUGUCAUAAUAUAAUAGUUUGAUCAAUCAGUUCUGACAUUUUUUUAUUUUUUUUAGGAUUGAAAACAUCUUAAAUUUAAAGCAUGGAGAAACAAUUUUUUGGAAAUCAUGAGCUUACAAUAUUUUGUCUUAAUCUCAUGAAUAGGAUGGAUGCACACUGUGCAUUGUUUUGGAAGAAUUGUGAUUAUGGUACCUGUGGUCUUAAAUUCUUACAUUUUUAUUUUGAAUGCUUAGCAGUUUCAAUCAAAUCUUUUCUUAAAAAAAAUAACUUUUUUUUUUCGACAUUUUGUUUUUGAACUCUAAGCGUGUUUGCUAUAGAUAUAAAAGCAAAAUAACAACAAUGAAUAUGUGAUAGGGGAACUCAGCCAUUCAAAUUUACAGUAUGAUUUCUGAUGAAGCAAAGCAAAUUAUGGUUUUAAAGUUUUACUCUUUAGUUGUAAUUUAUUUUUUGUUAUUUUAAAGCUGCACUCUCGCAGAUUGACCGUUUUGACAACUUUUUGUCUUGGAAUGAACCGAUUUGUGUGUAAAUGUCUGGAAACCAGUGAUACUAGAUUGCUGACAAAAAAUCAUAGUGCAGUUUUUCAUAUUUAUGUUCAAAAAUUGAUGUUUUAUGGCUAAAAGUGUAUCCAACACUUCCGGAAAAAUGAAAUUUUCGGCAUUUCCCCAAUAUUUGAGAACAGUUCUAUUGUAAAUUAUCUUAUAUGACUGAAUUGAAGGCAUUGACAACAAAAUCAGCUGAUUCUGAGAAAAAAAUGUCAAAACUGUCAAUCUUUGAGAUUGCAGCUUUAAACCAUUUUAUUUUUUUAAAUUAAAAGAGAACAUGACGACAUACAUGUAUUUCAGCAUUAUAGAAGUUCAUCUUAAGUAUUUAAUGCUUAAAAGAAAGUACAUGACAUUAUUGUGACUUUUAUAUGGCAUGUACGUGUUCAAGUAUUACUUGCCUUGUAAAGGCCAAAUGUACAUAAUAGUAUUAAUAUAUAUAAUUAUGAUGAGGUUGUUACAUUGACGCUUUGUUGUAAUGGGAUUGUAAAUCCUUGGCUGUAUUAACCAGGCACCAAUUUCUCAAAGAAUCUUACAUAAAUCAAGGGUUAAUAUUUCAUUUGACCUCAUUAUUUAUUUAAACUUGAUUUUACAAGUUUAAAAAUAGCUUAAAAUGAUUGUCAUAAAGCUAUCUCAAAAAUAUUUUAAAAAGUGAUAGUUAUAAAUGUUAUACCAUACAGAGACACACUCUUGCGCACAGUGGUCAGAAAUUGGCUCAUGGUGAGCAUUAUUUGAUAAGCUUGUAGAGAGCUGAAUUUUCUACCUUCUGUACCCUGUGCGUAGGAGUGGACAGUGUGUUAAGUUUGCUUUUUUGAUUGUUGAGAAAUUGGGCCAAAAAAGAACUUGGUUGUACUUAUUUUGCAGAUUAUAUUUCUACUUAGAAAUACGUUUUCGUUGAUUAUUGUGGAGACAGUCUCAGACAUAGAAUAGUUUCUAGUUUGAAAUACAAAUGCAACAAAGUUGCAGACAGAUUCAGGUCUGUAUAAAUAUAUGCACAAAAGUUACCAGCUAUGUCCUUCACUGUUAUCUUUUACAAGGUCAUACACUUUUGUUAAAGAUUUUGGUUCCAGUUCAAGCACUUGUUGUUAAAUACAUGUUUGAGAUUUUCAUGGAUGUAAGACAAGUUGUAAAUAUUAUCCUUUAUCUCAAAUUAUGAUUCUUGGACACACACAAAAUAUGUGCGCUUCUAAAGUAUUUGAAACUGACUGAUAUUUAGUUAUUUGAGAGUUGUUUCCGCAUAAAUUGUCAAAUACAUUAGAUUGUUUAAUUUGUUCUGUUGUGCGACAUAAUGAUAUGCUUUGACCAAUAAAUCCAGUAUUUUCUUA